AUGCCUAAGAAAUCACUCGAAGAUCUAGGUGAGUCUGCAAUUGAAUCAGUACCCUACUUGGCUAGUGAUGAGAAGGGUUCUAAUUAUAGAGAAGCCAGUCCAUUGGAGGCAGAUAAUGGGAAAGGUAAGAUCGAGAAGCAUACUGUGAAGCCAUGGGUUCAUUUUGUUGCUGGUGGUAUCGGUGGUAUGGCUGGGGCUGUUGUCACUUGUCCAUUCGAUUUGGUUAAAACAAGACUACAAAGUGAUGUAUAUCGUUCAGUUUAUAAGUCAAAUGUUACUACCACUGCAACGACUAAUGGAUUAAAAGUAUUGCAAUUGACUAAAAAUGCUGCUGUUCAUUUUAAGGAAACUUUUGGAAUCAUUGGCAAUGUCUACAGACAAGAAGGUUUCAGAAGUUUAUUUAAAGGUCUAGGUCCAAAUUUGGUAGGUGUGAUUCCCGCUAGAAGUAUCAAUUUCUUCACUUAUGGUACAACAAAGGAUAUAUAUUCUAGGGUAUUCAACAACAACCAGGAAGCGCCUUGGAUCCAUUUAAUGGCAGCUGCCACUGCAGGGUGGGCAACGGCUACUGCAACAAACCCAAUUUGGUUGAUUAAAACUAGGUUACAAUUAGAUAAAGCGGGAACUACUAGAAAAUAUAAAAACUCCUAUGACUGUCUGAAAAGUGUCGUCCGCAAUGAAGGUGUCACUGCAUUAUACAAAGGUCUAAGCGCCUCUUACUUGGGUUCUAUCGAAGGUAUACUUCAAUGGCUGUUGUACGAACAGAUGAAGCAUAUGAUUCAUAUGAGGUCAGUGGAAAGAUUUGGUAAUUUGAAUGAAGGCCAGAAAUCUACUCAAGACAAGAUCAAAGAAUGGUGCCAAAGAUCUGGUAGUGCCGGUUUAGCCAAAUUCGUGGCCAGUAUAUUAACUUACCCACAUGAAGUCGUCAGAACUCGUUUAAGACAGACACCUACAGAGAAUGGUAAAUUGAAAUAUUCUGGGCUAAUUCAAACAUUCAGAGUUAUCUUGAAGGAGGAAGGGUUUGCAUCCAUGUACAGUGGUUUAACCCCACAUCUAAUGAGAACCGUUCCAAAUAGUAUAAUUAUGUUUGGUACUUGGGAAUUAGUGAUUAAGUUACUGUCAUAA